UUAAUGAAAUGAAAUCAACGUGUAAAUAGUUUGUAUGUAUAUAUACAAACGAAAAAGUUCCAUAUAUUAUUAAAACAAAUCAACUCAAAUUUUCUCAGACGAAUAAUUAUUUGUUUUCAUAAAAUAUAAUUUAUCAUUUAAAAUAAAAACAAGUAACACUUUAUUGUUUUCUUCAGAAUGAGAAAAAACAACUCUUCAACAAGUUAAUUUAAACUUUAACUAAAUUAAGAAUUAAUUGUCCUCCACUUUCCCUGGAUAGUAAUGUAAUUCUAAAUAUAUAUAACACAUAGAAAGAAUAUUGAUAAAAUGCUUGAACGAUGCAUUGAUGCUGACCUAUAGUCAUGUGCCUCUGAAUUAUUCAACGUUAUGCUGCUAGUCAUUGAGAAAUAUUUCAUCUCUAAUAAUUAUUGAGAAGAAAACUUCUUGAUUUAUGCAAUACAAUUCACAUACAUAUAUGAAAGACAGUUUGAGAAAAUAUGCUUCUACAUUUAAAUGUGGAUAAUAAUUUGAGGCUGUUGUAUUUCUAUGUAUUUAUAGCUCUACUUAUUACAGAAACAGAAGAAAAAUACAUUGUUCAAAGGAAGAUGACACUGUACAACUCCUUAGAAAUUGUAUCGUUCUGGAUAAUGAAUAUUCCAAUUUUAUAUGGAAAUGAUGGUCAACAGGCAAGUCAUCAAACUACUAAACAAACGUUUGGUAAAGUUAAGGAGUACAACGAAAGUAUGUAUUUAAAUCAACAAAAUCUGUUCACAGCUAAAGAAAAGAAGAGUGGAUUUUCUUACACCCAGUCAAACAAUGAAUCCAAGCUAAUACUUUCGAAGGAUAUUCAUCGUCAUCAAUCUGAUAUAAAUUUAUCUCAAUCAAGUUAUCCUCAUAUUAAACAAAACCAUGAUAUAUCUAAAAUUAAUUAUUACCAAAACAAUUCAUCGUAUUACUAUUAUCCGGUAAAUGAUACCUCACAGAUUUCAAAGCCUAUAAAUGGACACGAAAUACACAAUAAUUGUUAUGUUAAUACAGAUGGUAGACAAGAAAUUCCAUGUAUAUUGAAUCCCUAUCCACUGUACGAACUUUUGAAAAAAUUUCCCCACAUACAUGUACAUAAAUUCUACCAAAAUCCUCAGACAUAUUUAUUUCAAAGUUUCAGUGAUAAACAGAAAACAGUCAAAAUGAUUCUAAACUAUGAAACUGGACAAUAUGCCUACCUCCCAUGUCAUACCUUAGGUGCAGAGGAGAGUGAAACGACUAUUUGGGAAAAAGGACAGAAUCCAUUGUUUGUAUCCACAGUCAGUUUUACUCAAGACUCCAGAUUUCGUUUGAAUAUUAGUGAAGAACAAAAACCAGUUAAUCAGGCUUAUUUUUAUUAUACAAAAAAUAAAUCUUCAAAAAGCGCAAUCACAAAUUUUAAACAAAUGGAAAAAUCACCAUUUGAAAAACAUAAUUUUGAAUCAUACAGAUUAAGAAGUAAUUGGAGACAUAGGCAAUGGGAUUUAAUUAUUGAUUUUCUACGACCAACUGACUCGGAUACCUAUACAUGCAUGCUUAUGGGUAGAACAUCACAAAUGAUACGUUAUCAUGUGAUUGUUAAUGAUUCAGCACCACGAAUCAAUUAUAGUCGAAAAAAACUGAUUAACAUAUCUUCUCCAAGUUCAAUUGAAAUUGGCUCUUCAUUUAAUCUGACAUGUUCAGUGCGUGUAACCAAAGAACAGUCAGUUAGUAUAGCUGUAGACUGGUUCCGGCCAACAUAUACAUUUGAAACGCCAUCAAAUCCUCCUAUGAAUUACAAACUAAACAACAUUUUGACCGGAAAAUUUGAUAUACACUCAGAUGGUACAGUGGAUAGAAAUGUUACUAAAAGAAUUGGUGAGCUGGCACAUUCAUUUCAACAGGUAACCAGUAGAUCAUCAAUGGGAAUUACUAUUUAUAAACAAGUAACCGGUGAAUUAAAUAAUUAUUAUCGCACUGAAGUCCUUCUCACUGUACAGUCAGCUAGAGAAACUGACGGUGGUUUGUAUGAAUGUAGAGUGUAUGAAGCAGCAAAUUAUGGACAAGAAAAUAUUGUGGAUAGAGCUUUUUUAGAUAUCAUCGUAAGAAAAAGAUUUCCAUAUAAUUCAUUUGAACAAUCUGAAUUAAAUGCAAAAGUCAGGAAUCUUUUGUCAAUAUUUUGGAAUUUGAAUCCCUCUGUACAAAACGAUAGACGACAUGACCAACACGCACAAAAUGAUGUUGCGGCCAGAGUUAAAGCAAGAUAUACGAAACAGGAUAUAAAUCAGAUUACAGAUGACGUAUUCCACUCACUGAAUAUCAAUAACCAAUAUUUCUCAAAUGUAAAAGAAAUCCGGCCUAAUAUACAAGAAUUACAAAAUCCUCGUAUGCGAGUUAGAACUAUUAAAAAUUGUAUAUCUCAUUUAUUCGUUCAAAGAACACUUUUAUGCUUUUCAAUCAUUUUAAACAAACUACUGGCUGCUAAACUAAAUAUUUAAUGUUCAACUGUAGAAAAGAGGAAAAAAUAAUUUUAAAAAAUUGAUGGAAUCAAUAUUCAAGUGAGAGGAAAACAAUAAAUACUGCGAUUUGAUGACUUCAGGUGUAACGAAACACUGAAGAAAAGAACAGUAAACAUGACAGUGACCUUCUCGCUCCCUGCAUUUUCACCUUUAACAAACAAUUGAUAACAUUCGAUUUUAUUUUCUAUUUUGUAUUUUCUACUUGUGUACAAUUUAUGCUUCAUUUUUCUUUGUAUUUAAUCAACUAUGAGAAAGAGAGACAAGGAGCUUCAAUACACUGCUGUUUCAAAAUUCACUUUAACACUUUAAUUUGUAUAAUCAAAAAGAAUGACGCUGUCGUAGCACAACUUAUUUUCUGAUAUACCAAGUAGUACAACGCGUGAUUGAUCAAAUUCUAAGUUUACGUCUGUUGACAAGCUUAAAAAAGAUGAAUUGUUAUGAAGAUUAAAAAAAUUGUCUCUGUGAUUCCUAUUCUCUUUUACAUCAUUUCUCUUUUUUCUCGUAUGUAAAUAAACUGUGAUUUGUGG